GCCCGUUAUGGAAGAAGCAGCUGAUAGCCUGCUCACUCCGCCCACUUCCUUUUUACAAUCUCCGUUUUGCUCAGGGUGUGCGUUACCUGUGAAAAAUGGUGUUUGAGGCUGUUGUGACCGAUCUGUUGAAUAGGUUUAUAGGAGAUUAUGUGGAAAACCUGGACAAGUCCCAGCUCAAGCUGGGCAUUUGGGGAGGAAAUGUUGUUCUGGAUAAUCUGCAGAUCAAAGAAAAUGCGCUUAGUGACCUUGGAGUACCUUUCAAAGUUAAGGCUGGACAGAUUGAUAAACUUUCGUUAAAGAUUCCAUGGAAGAACCUGUACAAUGAGGCUGUGGUGGCAACCUUAGAUGGCUUGUAUCUUGUGAUUGUCCCUGGAGCAAGUAUUCAAUAUGAUGUGGAAAAUGAAGAAAGGCAGGUCCAGGAAGCAAAGCAAAAGGAAUUACUGCGCAUAGAAGAAGCCUUGCAAAAAACAGCAGAAAAAGGACACAAAAAAAAGAAAAAAUGUAAAAGACCUUUUAAGAAACCGUUUAAAGGAAUGAAAGUGAAACAAGACAAACCAAAAGAAGAAAAGAAGGAUACAUUUCUGGAAAAGUUGGCAACCCAGGUUAUAAAGAAUUUGCAAAUCUCAAUAAAACACAUUCAUUUAAGAUAUGAAGAUGAUAUUACAGACCGCGGCAAGCCAAUUUCCAUGGGUGUUACACUGGGAGAGCUAAGCCUUUUGACAACAGAUGAAAAGUGGAAGACUUGCAUUUUGAAUGAAGCUGCAAAGAUUAUUUACAAGCUUGUUCGUCUUGAUUCCCUUUGUGCUUACUGGAAUGUGAAGAGCUCUCUUUACUAUAAUAACAGCAGGGAACAGAUUCUGUUGAAGUUGAAGCAAGAAAUUGCCAUAAGCACUCAUGAGCCCAAGGGUCAUCAGUACAUUUUCAAACCAGUGUCAGCAUCAGCAAAACUACAGAUAGAUCCAUAUGCUGAGAUUGCACUUGUGUCUCCUAAAGUAAUACUGAACGUGGAAGUACGCAGCAUUGCAUUUGAAAUGACUAAACCACAGGCCCUGGAGAAAUCUCUUGAUGUAUUCAAUAUAACAUUAGCAAGACAGCAAGCGCAAGCAGAGUACGUUGCUUCUGUUGUGACAUUCAACUUGGAAAGCACAUCCGUAGCAGUCAGAGAAGAACAGAAUGUCCCUGAGAUCCUCAAAAUUCAGAUGAUUGACCUCAGCACAAAUGUUUCUCAACGACCAGGGGCUCAGGCACUUAAAGUUGAAGCAAAGCUAAAACACUGGCAUGUAACUGGACUACAGCAGAAUGGUAUUGUUCCCUCGUUAGUAGCAUCAGUGGGUGAUGCUACCUCGUCUUUACUUACUAUUCAUUUUGAGACAAAUCCAGAAGGUAGUCCUGUCGACCAGGUGCUGAAUGUACAGUCUCAGCCAGUAGAGAUCAUAUACGAUGCAAAAACAGUAAAUGGCAUAACAGAGUUCUUUCAGUCAAGUAAAGGAAUGGAUCUUGAACAGCUGACUUCAGCAACUCUGAUGAAGUUAGAAGAAAUCAGAGAAAAAACUGCAGCAGGUCUCACACAUAUUAUUGAAACUCGGAAAAUCCUUGACCUCAGCAUUGAUUUGAAGCCAUCUUACCUUAUAAUUCCACAAACUGGGUUCUACCACAGGAGCUCCAACCUUCUUAUUGUGGAUUUUGGUAGGCUUCAGCUCAGUAGUACAAAUUGUGAUGGCAAACAGCUGAGUCCUCCCAGCUUUUCAUCUCUGCAAGAGCUCAUGGACAGGGCAUACGAAUCAUAUGAGCUUGAGCUGAAACGAGUGCAGGUUUUGUUCAGUAAAUCAGGUGAAGACUGGAAAGCUGUUCGUUUACAGCAGGUAUCAAGCCAGCAUGUUCUGCAGCCAGUCGACAUCAAACUGCAUGUAGCCAAAUCCAUGGUGGAGAAGGAUGCCAGAAUGGCCAACUUUAAAGUUUCUGGAGAACUGCCAUUGUUGCGCAUAAAGAUGUCAGAGCAGAAGAUUAUAGGAAUCCUACAACUGGUUGACAGUAUUCCUUUACCUGAAACAUCACCAGCGUCACCCACUAUAAGCAAAAGAAAGGUUACUACAGUUCCUGUGGUUUCUGUAAAAUCUGAAAAUUUAUUUGAACAUAUUCUAGAUCGCCAUUUUCUGUUGACGGAUGACGAUACAGAAUCGGAGGAGAGUUGUAAUGCUGAUGAGAACUCCCAAAUCACCUGCAGUGAAACAGUGGAUGAAGAUGCGUUGGAAGAACUAGAAGAGCCAAGAACAUCGGCAAGUGAGGAACUGACAGUUCUUCAAGUGAAUUUUGAAAUCAAGGAGUGUUCAAUCCUGUCGGAGAAUAUGUUUAGACCGGAGGCUUUAACUAGCACAACCAAACCCACGUCGGAAAGGUUUGCAGAAUGCAUGCGUAAACGGUCCAAUCCAUUGAUUCUCUAUGAGGACAACGGCGUUUUUGGUGAGAACACUGACACUGUUCUAAAUAGAGAGGAAUUACUAACGGCUUUAACCACAUUUGAACUAGAUAUGCUAAAACUAAAGAGAUUGCAGUAUCAGCGCAUGCACUUUGAAGUGUGCAUACAGAGAAAAGUGGUUCCGAGGGGAUUACGAGUGCUGAAGAUGCCAACUACAGGCACAACGUAUCCGGAGCUGCUAUGCCGUUGGCAGCAAUUGAACCUGGAAGUAAGUUUAAAAUACAUGCAUUUGUUAAAUGACUACUUCACUCCCGUAGAAGAGUCCUUGAGGUCUAAGAUAAAUGAACGUUAUGUGAUGCUUAAUGAGAACUUUGGUGGUUCACUGUUAGAAGAAAAUUUGAAUAUAGCCUUGGACAAUGUCUCUCAAUAUGAAAGAAAGCUUCUCUCACAGAAGCAGAAUAAACUUAAACGGGACAUCACAGAUUUUCAACUGGGUAAUAUUUUUACUUGGCCCAGACUCACUGGGGCUGAUACUGCCCCUAUCAAUAAAGUUAAUAAUGGAACAAAUGGUACUGUCGUUGAUAAACAUACUGACAUUACUAACAGGCCAGCCUCUGGUAUUAAUCAUACGAUCCAGUCCAGAGGGCAAGAACUACCUGUCAACAGUACUAGUAGCAGUAAUCUGAAUAUUAACACACCAGAAACAAUUAAUAAGGAGGUGGAUAGAGUAUGUCAGCCUAACAGUUCUACUGUUGAGUGUACUUCUGAUGUCAUUAUUGUGUCACACAAUAAGUCACCAGUCUCUGAACCUUCAGUACGAAGAUUACAAAGGGGACGGAAGGGGACGGUCACUAAGCAGAGGCAGGCAGAAGAGGAAGCAGUCGUUCGACAGCCUACCCAACAGGAAUAUCAAGAGGAUGUGGGAAGACAAGGGGAGAGGCAAGAUGUCACCACAGACUUAGUACACAACUUAUCUUCAAAAAUACUUUAUGCUAAUGAUCUAUCGGUCCUGUCCAAGGGCCUAUCUUUCAUUCCAACUUCUAGAAGUAAGUUUGAAGAAACCAUUCGUGAUUUUAAACUAUUUGUGAGAAAUAUUUCUCUACGUCUAACUUUCAGAGACAGUAGUAAUGGCCCUUUGGUCAAUAACUUUAAGCGUCCGAGCACUUUCACACCACCUAUGCACCCGUUGUUGAUGGCUUUUAGUAGAUUGGUGGAAGAUGACUUAUAUAAAAUGAGAGACAACAACACCAAGAAAGGUUAUACUAAGUAUAAUCUAACCAAGGCAGAGAAUGAAGCUUUGCACAAACUGAGUAAUGAUCCAUUAAUAUGUAUUAGACCAGCUGAUAAGGGUGGUGGUCUAGUAAUAAUGGACACUGCAGAUUAUGUUAACAAAAUGUUUUCUAUGUUAAGUGACAAGCAGUUUUAUGAAUCUAUUGAUAUAGAUGUUGUUAAAUUCUACGAACAUAAAGUACACCAGUUUCUAGCGGGACUGGAUCUAAUGGCAUUACUGAUUAAAUAUAACAAAAUCAAAAUUGAUAAAAUUACAAAAGAGUUGGACGAGUUAGACCAGUCCAUUAAAGCUGACAGUGAGUACAGUGUGGGUAAAAACCUUGCUGUGUAUCAGAACAUUCAUAUUCAAGUCAAUACUAUCUGCAAUACUAUUUAUGUUAGUAAAAAAAACAAAUUAAAAAAAGAUUUUAAAGAAAAUCAACAGGAUCGUGUAUAUCCCUUUUCAGGGGGACUUGACCAGCAGGGGCGGAGUUUUGAUCCCAACAAUGGAGGGGAAGUGACGAAGGAUGAUUACAACCGCCAGGGAGGGAGAACACAACGUAUGGAUUCAACAGCAAACACCGAAGAUGAAUUUAGGCGUUCCGACCGCCUAAGGGACAAGGGAAAUGUUGCAACAGCUUCUUCCUCCUCUUUUUCGUACCCUGGGAGAGAUAGUAUAGGAUGGGGAAACAGCGGUUUGAAAUGUGGUUCAAUUGAUGGCAACUUUAAGAGGUUGUCUGGGGAAGUAACAUAUUGUGAAGUUAAUGUCAAUGCUACUGUGAGAACGGAUGGUUGUUUUAAGGGGGUUGGUGAUAUGAAUUUGGAAGGGGUGAGUGAUAGUAUAACGGUGGAAAUUAGGCAUGGUAACAACUACAUAAAUGUUGCUUACAGUUUAUUAAAUGAGGUUAGUCCAAUAGAAACAAAUUUGGACUCAGAGGCUGAGGCUUUUGGGCAUGAUGGUAUGUGCAAUAUAAACAAGGAUGUUAAGUGUGAGACUAACAACACCCUCAUAGAUUUGUCAUUUUAUUUUGAAAAUGUUCAGGAUAUUGUGCCAGGAAAUAACAAGGAAGUCAAUAUAAAUGUUAUUGAACAACUUUCAAAUGGACCUGAUUUGGGGGUAGCCAAUGGUGAUGGGAAUAAUGAAACCGUUAUGACGAAUAGCAUUGGUAAUGAAAGUGAAGGAAUGUUAGAACUUUUGGUAAAAUGUUUGGACAGGCAAUUUUAUUCUAGCAUGGAAGGUCCUGAAAUAGUGACUAAUGGUAAAUGGGAUUUUAAAAUUUAUAAUUAUUCUAAAAUGGACAUUAACGUGAUGCAUGCUGACCUAGCACAAGGUUUUACAUUUGUCCCAUGUAGAAAUGGGAACUUUGUAGAGUCCCUUAUAGAUUUAAAAAACUAUACAAAAAAAUUAAACCUGAAAAUAUGGUUUGGUCACGAUUCAAAUAUGGGGUGUCAGUAUAGUAAUAAAUGUAAGAAACCUAGUAUCUUUAAUCCACCUUUAAACAAAUUUGUGGAACGUUUUGAGAAGAUUUGUGAAAAAGAAAUAAGAAAAAGUUAUAGGUACAAUAGAAAGGCCGAUUAUUCUAAUUUGACCAAGGAAGAAAAACAACUUAUGUUAGAACUAGUUAAAGAUCCCACCAUCAGAUUUAUGAAGCCUGAUAAAGGAAGUGGGGUGGUGGUAAUGGAGAGAGGUGAGUACCUAGACUGUAUGAGUAACAUUUUAAUGGUUGACUCAUAUGAAGAAAGUUCCCUUAAUGAAAUUAAGGUGGCAUAUAGAAGAAUUGAUUUGACGCUUGAUGACAUGUCUGUUUCAGAUGCAGAAAAUCAGCCACUGCAUUUAAUAACUUCAGCAGAUAAUACUGGAUCACACCUUCUUAAAGUGGAGUACAUCAAGGCAGAUAAAAAUGGUCCCAAUUUCAUAUCAGAUUUUGACAAAACUGAACAAAUGAUUAAGGUGUCUUUUUCAUCACUUGACCUGCUGCUACAUACAGAGGCCCUCCUUUCAACUGUUCAGUUCAUUACAGCUGUCAUUCCACCAAAGAAUCCAAGCUCAUCCGAGAAGGAGAGAGAUGAAAAAGAUUCAGCAUGGAAGAGUAAAGGAAGCAGACUAAAGAAAGCAUUAAAACUCUCCAACGACAGUGAAAUAUUCGAUUUCAAGCUGUUUGCCAAGAUGGAUGCCUUUGCCAUAACAGUGUGUGAUAAAAAGAAUAACAUUGCAGAUAUUCGGAUACAAGGUUAUGAUUUCAGUGUGAUUGUUUCUGCAAGACAAACAGAAACAUUUUUGAGGGCUAUGGCUCUGAUAGUCACUGAAGUUGACUUAAUGAUGCAGGGUGCAGUGUCCAUAGUAAGCGAUGAAGUGUUCAGCUUUAGAGUGUUGUUGUAUCCAGGUGCCACUGAAGGAGACGCUUACAGAGAUAUGUCCAAAGUGGAUGGCAAAGUAGUACUUCGAGUGGGCUGCAUCCAGGUUGUUUAUUUACACAAGUUUCUUAAGUCACUUCUGAUGUUCUUAGACAACUUCCAGAUGGCGAAGGAAGCUGUUAGUACAGUUACUGUCCAUGCUGCAGAAAAAGCUGCCUCCAGUGUCAAAGAUUUUGCUCAGAAAAGUUUUCGCCUUGCAAUGGAUAUUCAUCUUGAAGCACCAGUUUUUGUUGUGCCGGAGUCACCUGUCUCCCAGAAUGCAUUUGUGGCUGAUCUUGGUCUCAUCACCAUACAGAAUACUUUUAUGCUGGCCAUGGCAAACGACAGCUUAGUCCCACCUGUCAUUGACAAAAUGCAGUUACAGUUAAACCACAUGAGACUGUACAGGACUAUUCUGCAGUCUGGACCCUCUCAGUGUGAUAUUCAGAUGCUGAAACCCAUCAACAUGCAGCUGAGUGUUGAGCGAAAUUUGGCAGCAACAUGGUUUUACAGCAUUCCUGCUAUUGCAAUUAAGGGUGAACUACAAACAAUGGAUGUUGUCUUGAGUCAAGAGGAUCUUAAUGUUUUGCAGAAAAUUUUGACAAAUAAUUUUGGAGGUGUCCCCAAUGAAUUACAGGAGGAAAAACAGCCAAAGUACUCUGAAGAAAAAAAGGAAACUGCCCAAGAAGUACCUAAAUAUGCUACAGUUUUGAAUGCAUUGCCAGCAACUGAAAAUAUUAGUGAAGACAAUACAGCUGUGCAACUUUACUUUAAAAUCAAAGAGGUUGUGAUGACAUUAACUAAACCAGUCAAGCACGAACAUUCUCCUUGCUUUGUGUUAAGCAUCAGUGACAUUGGAACAGAGACCAUAAUUAAAAGCUAUGAUAUGCAUUCGAAAUCUCAUCUGAAAAAAAUUAGUAUGACAUGUUUUGAAUUCACAGAUUCACAAGGAGGUCCUCUUCAGAUUGUCAGUUCUUCAGAGAGUAAUACAGAUCUUCUGACAAUAGAAUACUUGAAGGCGGAUAGAAAUGGACCUGAUUUUAAAACUGCUUUCGGCAAUACAGAACAAACAUUAAAUGUAGCAUUUGCUUCACUCGACCUGCUCCUACACAUGCAAGCCCUUCUUGCAUUCAUUAAUUUUUUUACCCCAGCUCUUCCCACCAGGAGCUUGAGUGCAGAUCCAAAGCAAGAUGAAUCUAAAGCCAAAGCAGGGGAGCAGGACAGACAAGUAGCUACAAAAGCAGUUACUGCUGUCAAUGAAGAUGAUGCGUUUAGCUUAAAACUCGUUUCCAAACUAGGAGCAUUCAAUGUUCUUGUCUGUGAUGAAAAAUCCAUUAUUGCCGACAUUAAAAUACAGGGUAUGAAUGCAUCAGUUUCUAUCCAGUCCAAGCAAACAGAAGUUUUUGCCAGGCUCCAAAAUAUUGUUGUCAUGGAUACUGAUGCUCAAGUUUUGCAUAAAAAGGCUGUCUCCAUAAUAGGAGAUGAAGUGUUUAGUUUCAAAAUGCUGCUAUAUCCUUUUGCAACUGAGGGAGAGGCCUACAAUGAUAUGUCCAACGUGGAUGGAGAAGUGAUGCUGCGUGUGGGCUGUAUACAGAUAGUUUAUCUGCACAAGUUUCUUAUGUCUCUGCUGAGCUUCUUAGAUAACUUCCAGACAGCAAAGGAAGCCCUUGGUGCAGCCUCUCGUCAAGCAGCUGAGAAGGCUGCUUCCAGCAUGAUGGAUCUUGCUCAGAAGAGUUUCCGCCUUUCGAUGGAUAUUUACCUAAAAGCUCCAGUUAUUGUUGUUCCGGAGUCAUCCAUCUCCCAGAAUGCUAUAGUUGCUGACUUGGGUCUCAUCACAUUGAAGAAUCAGUUUAGUCUGGUUGUUGCUGAAAAUUGUGCUUUGCCUCCAGUUAUUGACCGACUGGAUAUGCAGCUAACUCAGCUGAAAUUAUCCAGAACGGUCAUCCAGCUGGACAAAUCCUGUCAACCUGUUCAAGCGAUGCUACAACCAGUCAACCUUCUUCUGUCUAUUCAUCGGAACUUGGCCUUUGCCUGGUAUCACAAAAUCCCUGCAAUUGAAAUCUCUGGUGAUCUUAAACCUAUGGAGAUUGCUGUUAGCCAAAGUGAUGUGACACUUCUGAUGAAGAUUUUACUGGAAAAUUUGGGAGAAGGUGCCAAAGUGAAGGAAAGAGAGAAAACACAAGAAGCCCAAGUUUCAAAACUAAAAGAAGAAAAAGGUGAAGUGGACACGUUGAAUGAUUCCAUUGAGGUGCUAUUAUCAGAGAAAUCUGUGGUAGAAGCUGAAAAUCCUGGUUCAAAUUCUGAAACAUUUCGAUUUGCCUUCCAUUUUGAAUCACUUUCGAUUGUUCUAUUACUUGAUGAUUGUCAGCAGUCUUCCCUGCAGUCAACACAUUUAAAAAGGCCAACACUGGGAAAGCUCAACCUGCAUCUUAUGACAGCAUCUGGAAAAAUAUUCCAGGAUGGCACACUUGACGUAAAUACAAAGUUAAAAGGAUGCACAUUGGAUGAUCUCAGGGAAGGAAUCGAAAUUGCAUGCUCAAGGAUGAUUGACAAGAAGACAGCUCCAGAUGACCACGUGAUCAUUGAUAUAACAUACAAACAGGAGAAAAAAGAAAACUUGAUCACUGCGAUUCUUGAGAAGCUUUACGUCUGUGCCAGCAUGGAGUUUCUGAUGACAGUUGCAGACUUCUUUCUUAAAGCGAUGCCUCAGAGUCUGGAAGCAUCUACUAGCAAAAGUGCACAGUUCAAGCAGGUCUCAUCUAUAAAGUCUGCUUCCUAUUCAGCUGAUACCCAGCAACAAAAAAUGACUGUGAAAGCAUUAGUCAUUGACCCAGAAGUUGUGUUUGUAGCCAACCUGAUGAGGUCAGAUGCCCCAGCCUUGGCCGUCUCUUUCCAAUGUGACUUUUUCCUUUCUCUUGGAGAAGAAUCUAAAAUGAUUUUUGCAGUACUGCGGGACUUGAAAGUUUUGGCUUGCCCGUUUCUCAGGGAGAAGAGAGAGAAUAGUGUAACAACGGUAUUGCAGCCAUGUUCAUUGACUUUAGAGGCCAGAAUUUCAUCAGGAGAACAAAAUAUAGUCAUCAGGAUUCCAGAUCUUGUAGUAAAGAUUUCACCAAUAAUUUUGAACACUGUGAUGACCAUUGUGACAGCCGUAGCACCGAAGCAGGUUGAAGCAGAGACACCGAUCUUAACAGAGGAGACUGGAAAUCUGUGGGCUUCAAAGAAUAUUAUGGAGUGUAAUUACUGGUUCCUGGGCACAGACAAAGCCAUCGAAGUAAAAGAAACAUAUAGAAGCAUUGAAAGAAGAACAGGGCUUGAAGCUUUAGUCCUUGAAGUGGAUUCAGUGCAAGUAACAAUGGACUGUGGGCAGGGUCAUCGUACUGUUCCAGUGCUGCUGGCAGAAUCAUCCUUGAACGUGAAGGCUAAAGACUGGACAUCACUGUUGAGUGUUGAUGCACUUAUGAGUCUUGAGGUUCAUUAUUACAAUGAAAUGCAUGCUGUGUGGGAACCACUUGUGGAGCGUCUUGAAGAUGGGACUAGACGGUGGAAUUUAAAUCUGGAGAUUCGGAAUAAUCCAGCUCAAGAUACUGUUCCUGGAGAUGAUUUUUAUGUAUUUCCUGAACCAAAGACUUCUAUCAGUAUUUCUUCAAAGGACACAAUGAACGUCACAAUAACAAAAUGUUCACUUGAUGUUUUCAGUAAUUUAGCUAAGGCUUUCUCUGAAGGAGCUGCAGCUACAUACGAUUACUCAGUUAAAGACAAGGCACCUUAUACUGUAAGAAAUGCUCUGGGGAUCCCCCUGAAAAUGCAGUUCAGUUCCAUUUUACGAGUUAGAAAUUCCAUAGUCAGUGAAAGGGUUCAUACACUGGAUGAAGGUGAAGUAUUAGAGCUAGAAUAUUCUGCUUUGGAGCCACUUCACAGGGGACGCCUGUCUGCACUACAGCGUCAAGAAAGUUCACUUUUUGGACUUACUGUGGCACCACAAGGGUACUCAGAAGUGGCAAAUAUUCCUGUUGUAAAACCUGGACGACGACUGUACAGUGUCCGUAGCCUUACUUUAUCAAAUCAAGUGUCAGUGAUGGCACAGAUAGAUGCUGCAGAAGGGAACAAAAUAAUUGUCAUUCGUUCUUCUCUACAGAUAAAGAAUCAUUUUACGAUCCCAUUCAUUGUCUACAAACUUGUAUUAAGUUUGCGACUGAUGGAACCAAUUGGAGUUUUAAGGCCAGGGGAAGAGUUUCAUGUGCCCUUGGAAGCGUACAGGUGCCAGUUAUUCCUUCGUCCAACAGGAGUCCUUGAAAGCCAGUAUAAGGAAUCCAGUAGCCACAUUACUUGGAAGGAGAUGGUCCACAGAAGCACAGAGAUCAAAUCCAUUGUACACUGUCCAUCUACAGAAGUUGGCUCACCUCCCCUCAUAGUGAGCACUGUUGCUGUACCGGAUCAGAUAACAUUUGUUGCCAGCAGCAGAGAAGAAGAGUGGGAACCUGCAUAUAUUAUUAAUUUAUAUCCAACACUGACGCUCAAGAACCUUCUGCCAUAUCCGCUCAGAUACUUAGUAGAGGGAACUGCAGAAACCCAUGAAUUGGCAGAAGGUUGUAUGGCAGAUAUUCUGCAUGCUAGGAUUGAUGGUGAACUUAUGGAAUUAGUCCUGGUUAAGUAUCAGGGUCGUAAUUGGAAUGGUCAUCUCAAAGUCCACAAUGGUCUUCCAGAAUUUUUCCUUGUGUGCUUUACUGCAGAUUCAGUGGAAAAACUAACCGUGGAUUUGUCAGUCCAUGUUAAGUGGGUGAAUGGACGUAUGUUCCUGUCUGUUUUCAGUCCUUACUGGAUAAUUAACCAGACCUCCAGGAUACUUCAAUAUCGAGCUGAAGAUGUACAUGUAAAGCAUCCAGCUGACUUCCGAGACAUUGUCCUGUUCUCUUUCAAAAAGAAAAACAUUUUCAGCAAAAAUAAGGUGCAGCUCUGUAUUUCAACUAGCGGCUGGUCAAAUAGUUUUUCACUGGAUGCCGUGGGGAGUUAUGGAUGUGUUAAAUGCCCCGCAAAUAAUAUGGAGUUUCUGGUUGGAGUUACAGUCAAGAUUAGCAGUUUUAGUCUGACAAAAAUAAUUACAAUGACUCCCUUCUUCACUCUUGCAAACAAGUCUUCCUACGAGAUAGAAGUUAGCGAAAUACUAGCAAAUGGAGCCGUGCCCAAUGAAAGGUGGCAUUAUGUUCCUGCUGCAGAGUGUCUUCCAUUUUGGCCAGAAACUACCUCGGGAAAGAUGUGUGUCCGAGUAGUGGGCUUUGACCGGCCAUCUAAACCAUUCUUCUACAACAGGCAGGACAAUGGUACUUUAUUAACACUGGACAACUUGUGUGGAGGCAUCGUGGUGAAUGUUGACAUACCUCAACACUGUGUUGUCAUCAGUUUUUCUGACUAUUGUGAUGGUGCUGCACCUGCUCUUCUCAUUAAUCACACACCUGAGGCAAUCAUCUACUAUUGCCAGAGUGGAAUACAGGACACUCUGGAGCUUCUCCCAAGUAAAGUCCAUCGGUUUGCAUGGAUUGAUCCUGCUGGUACAAGGAAGCUGACUUGGAAAUGCGAACAGAAUUCAGGAGAACUUGAACUUCUUAAGGAUGAGUGUGGACAGUUUCCAUUCAAUCAGGCUACCCAGAUUCACUGGGUGUCUUUCUUGGAUGGUCGCCAGCGCGUGCUGCUUUUUACAGAAGAUGUAGCACUAGUUUCCAGAGCUCGUCAGGCGGAGGAGAUGGAGCAGCCUAAUAUUGGAAUUGACGUUUCACUUCACAAGCUGGGUCUCUCCCUUGUUAACAAUGAUAAUAAACAGGAAAUUGCCUACAUAGGAAUUAACAGUUCUGAUGUCAUAUGGGAAUACAGACCAAAGCAGAGAUGGAAGCCUUUUCAAGAGAAAAACAUCACUUUAUUAGAAAAUGCUUAUAAAAAACAUCUGAACAAUGCAGAAGAUCCAGGCUGGAUUAAACUAGAAAACAACUUUGAGAUUUAUUUUGAUAAAAUCCCAAUGGAAAUGCGGAAGCCUUUUCGCUAUCACAUUAGGCGCAAUUUCCAGUCAGGAAUUCAGGUAGAGUUCAAACAGUCGACUCACCAGAGGUAUCUACGUGCACAGAUGUACUGGCUACAGAUUGAUAAUCAGUUGCCUGGUGCAAUGUUUCCAGUUGUUUUUCAUCCUAUAGCUCCUCCCAAGUCCAUUGCUUUGGAUUCAGAACCAAAGCCAUUUAUUGACAUUAGUAUCAUCACGAGGAUUAAUGAACACAGCCAAAUAAUGCAGUUCAAAUACUUCAUGAUGCUUAUCCAAGAGAUGGCACUGAAAGUGGACCAAGGGUUUCUAGAAGCAGUGAUUGCCUUUUUUACACUCAAGUCGUAUCCACAGACUAAAGAACGGAACACACUUAUUGAACAAGAUAUGAAGGCACUGAAUGCAGAACUUAUGGAGUCAUCUAUGAAGGACAUUUCAGGUCUCAGUUUCUUUGAACAACUUCAUAUCUCUCCUAUUAAGUUACAUUUGAGCUUAUCAUUAGGCUCAGGAGGUGAUGAUGCUGAUAAAGAAAAACAGGAAAUGGCUGCCAUGCAGUCAGUCAAUCUGCUUCUAAAAAGCAUAGGUGCCACAUUAACAGAUGUCGAUGACCUCAUCUUUAAACUUGGUUUCUUUCAAGUAGAAUAUCAAUUCUACAGGCAAGAUCAAUUAAUGUGGAUUGCUGUUCGACAUUAUUCUGAGCAGUUUUUGAAGCAGAUGUACGUGCUUGUUUUGGGCCUUGAUGUUCUUGGAAAUCCAUUUGGGUUGAUUCGAGGUCUGUCUGAAGGUGUUGAAGCAUUCUUCUAUGAGCCUUUUCAGGGAGCUGUCCAAGGCCCAGAAGAGUUUGCUGAAGGCUUUGUCAUAGGAGUCAGAUCUUUGCUUGGCCACACUGUAGGGGGAGCAGCAGGUGUUGUAUCCAGAAUCACAGGGAGUGUUGGAAAGGGUUUAGCGGCUAUUACUAUGGACAAAGAGUUCCAGCAAAAACGCAGAGAAGAGAUGAACCGACAGCCAAAGGAUUUUGGGGACAGUCUGGCGAGAGGAGGAAAAGGACUCUUACGAGGUGUAGUUGGGGGAGUCACAGGAAUCAUCACAAAACCCGUUGAAGGUGCCAAAAGGGAAGGAGCUGCAGGAUUCUUCAAAGGAAUUGGAAAAGGUCUGGUUGGUGUUGUAGCUCGGCCUACAGGAGGCAUUAUAGAUAUGGCAAGCAGUACCUUUCAAGGAAUACAAAGGGUGGCAGAAUCAACUGAAGAAGUUGCAAAGCUUCGCUCACCUAGAGUAAUCAAAGAAGAUGGCAUAAUUCGUCCAUAUUGCCAAAGGGAGGCUGAAGGCUGUGAGCUGUUUGAGAAAUCAGAUAUUACGAAGUUAGAAGGGGAACUUUAUCAUGCCCAUUGUGAUGUGCAGGGAAGUAAGAAAACAAAGCUUCUCAUCACAAACAGGAGGGUAAUGUGUGUUAAGCAGCUGGAGAUUAUUGGUCAUCUUAAUCGAGAAUGGAGUUACUCACUGGACGAUUUUACUCUGUCCCCUUCAGUGGAAGGAGCAUCGCUGAAGUUAUAUGUUCUGGACCAGGGUCUGUUUCAGAAAAAAAACAGUUCAAGACCAGAAGUAGUCAAGAAUGUACAGCUCGCUGAUAUAAGCACUGCUAAGUUGAUGUGUAAUGCCAUUGAAGAUGCUCUAACAGCAAGACAAACUCAAAAGCUACUGAAAAAGAAAUCAACGCAAUUUAUCACCAAACCAAGUACAGCAUUGUAAUGGUAGUGACUUUUAUUACCAUUGACCAGGAUUUCUUCUUAAAUCAGCAGCAUAAUUUUACAUUAAGACUGGAAUUGUCUGUUUACAUUCUAAAAUACCUGUUUUGAAAUAGUAAUGUUUAUUAGUACAGUGAUAAUUUCAGCAGACAAUCUAAUUUAAUUAUCUUCAAAGAAUUGAUUAAAUGUUUUUAUAUCUCCAAAAUUAGAGUAUGAAUACCAUUUCAUUCAAGGAAUUCAUGAACUGAGUUUUGACUUUGUUACUGUGCUCUGAGUUUGUUUCAGUGUCUUUCCAUUCAAAGGUUUGUUUGAGAUGUGGAAUCAAAUAGGGAGUCAGUAAAUUGCUCAUUCUUCACUUCAGCAUAAAUAUUCUGUUUGCUGGAAAUUAUUCAUGAUUGCUCAAAUUACCCAUGUCCAGUUUUUACCACUACUCUUUACAGUAAUUGCUCAUACCAUGAUGUAAUAUGAUAACUUGCUCCAUUUAUAUAUGUACAUAUGUGUAGUACCCCCAUUAAACAGCAGCUGGAGGAUGAGAAAAUAAUUUUUAUUAAUGAUGUCAAACAGUGAUCAAGCUUAUGCUCCAUAAGUGACUUCUCCAGUGAUUGUAUCAAUAAUUAAGGUUACUACUUAAAUCAUUUGCCAGAAAUUCAACUUUGUGUCUUUUUUAUAUAGCCGACUAAGCAAACUUUAUGAAAACAAAAUGUGCAUGUUUUAUUAAAAUGUUGCACCUAAUCCCUUCAUUCAAGGUUUGCAUAUCUGAAAAAAUGAGGUACAGAUAUUAAUGUGGUGUAUGUUCUGCCUUGAAACUUAAUAAAGUGUAUUCUAAAAUAUUGUUGCAAAAGUGGUGUAUUUUAAGUCAAUUUACCAUGUAAAACGCUAGCAUUUUAUUAUAGAAAUACACACAACUGAUUAUAUUUUGUAAUAUUCUGCCCAAAAAAAGUUUUGUGAUGAAGGAAAACACACACACAAGCAUUAAUGUGCAAACUGCAUUAUUGUUACAGAUUAUAUAAACUGAAUGUGCUGUGUUUGACACAAGUCAUUUAUUUUGAUGAAACAUGCACUGUUUGUCAUUUUGUUAGAUGAGUUUUGUAAACAGAACAAUUAAUGGCAUUUGACAAUCAAUAAAUGAAUACUGUUA